GACUGUUGCUCAUGUGCAAAUCGACGACAGUUAGUGUGACCGUCUGUGCGCAGAUGAACUUGCAACCAAUACCAAAAGGCACUGAGCAUCAUGGGCGACGUGGACAAGUGGAUAGAGAUCGUGAAGGAGUGCAAGUACCUGCCGGAGAACGAGCUGAAGAAGCUCUGCGAGAUGGUGUGCGACAUCCUCCUGGAGGAGACGAACAUCCUGCCCGUGAGCACGCCCGUCACCGUUUGCGGUGACAUCCAUGGCCAGUUCUACGACCUGGAGCAGCUGUUCCGCACUGGUGGCCAGGUGCCGGACACCAACUACAUAUUCAUGGGCGACUUUGUGGACAGGGGCUACUACUCGCUGGAGACAUUCACCAGGCUGCUCACGCUGAAGGCGCGCUACCCCAGCAGGAUCACACUGCUGCGGGGGAACCACGAGACGCGACAGAUUACCAAGGUGUACGGAUUCUUUGACGAGUGCUUCAGCAAGUACGGCAAUGCCAACGGCUGGAAGUACUGCUGCAAGGUCUUCGAUUUGCUCACCAUCGCUGCCAUCAUUGACGAGGAGGUGCUGUGCGUGCACGGCGGCCUGAGUCCCGAGAUUAUCACCCUGGAUCAGAUACGUACGAUCGAGCGGAACGGCGAGAUACCGUACAAGGGAGCCUUCUGCGAUCUGGUGUGGUCCGAUCCGGAGGACAUGGAGUACUGGGGCCAGAGUCCGCGCGGAGCUGGCUGGCUGUUUGGCCACAACGUGACCAAGGACUUUAUGGCGAUCAAUAACCUGGACCUGAUAUGCCGAGCACAUCAACUGGUCAACGAGGGCAUCAAGUACAUGUUCGAGGGCAAACUGGUGACCGUGUGGUCGGCGCCGAACUAUUGCUACCGCUGCGGCAACGUGGCCGCCAUUCUCAGCUUCGAAACGGCGCAGCAGCGCCAGACGAAGAUCUUCCUAGCGGUUCCGGAUGCGGAGCGUGUGAUACCCAAGCAGAACACAACGCCCUACUUUCUGUAGAACGUUGUGAUACAACGCAGCACAAUACCAUACCAUACCAUACUAUACCGUAGACCGAUCCAAUACGAUCCGCCCACUGUUCCGGCAUCGUAGCAAAUAAUCAUAUACGCUUGUGGAGAGCAGCGGAGAACAGCCUUCGACUGACUGGUCCAAUUGUCCACCCUUGAACGCCUUCAACUCAGAACUCAAAACUCAAAACAUGCAUACCAAGCAUACCAAUACACUCAGUACAGAACUUGUAACUUGCGGCCCUUUUCGUAUGGGAAGAACACAUAUCUAAUUAAUACGAGCAGAGUUGAGAACCUUUUGUUAUUUGUUUUCGGCAAGUCAGCGUGCAAGACCAAAAAGAGAGAAACACGAAAUUGCAAAGCAUAGUUUCGAUUUGUUUAAGAAGUAUAUCCAAGUAUUGUAUUUACUGAUAAUGGACGCUGAAGCAGAAGCUAGACAUUUACAGAAGCAAGCCUCUAUAAAUCACAUUUUUUUGUAUUCCAACCUAUUUAUUUCUGUGAACAACACACAAAUCAUAUUUUGUAUAAGUAAUGCUUUAAAAAAAUAGAUGGCACAGCAAGAACUAAGAAUAAUACAAUUGUGUGAUCCCGAUCAAAACGAUAUGAUUAAAACAAAAAGACAA